AUGGAUCUAACGGACAGAUUCGGCGACCUCUCGUCGCUGCUCGUAGAGCCGUCCGAUCCGAACCACCUGUCGCUGCUCUCCACUGGUGGUGGCCCGGGCGCUUCUGGUGGGUAUGAGAGGCAUGAGUCGAGUCUGAGGGCUGCUGCUGCUGGUACUUCUCCUCCUCUAGGGCUUUCCGCUGCUUCUUCUGCUUCUGCUGCUGGUGCUGGUGGUGCUGCUGGUGUUGCUGGUGCGCGGUCAGGGCUGGGUCUGCCUCCUCGCAAGGAUCCCAAGGCACGGGGAUGGCAGCAGCAGCAGCAGCAGCAGCAGCAGCAGCAGCAGCAGGAGUAUCAGCAUCAACAGCAGCAGACGCAUCAGCAAGAGCAGCACGUGUUUUCCCAGCAGAGACCACAGCCACUACAUGGCAGCAGCCCGCGCUGCGCGGAUGGCGCGGAUGCAGGAACGAGUGAGAGCGCGAGCGCUGGGAAAGGUGAGAGGUCGGGCGGGAAUGAGAGGCUCCGUUGGGAGGGGUACGGGAUGGUGAGAUGGGUGGGAGGGGCGGGUGGGAAGACGCAGGGAUGGGAGGGCGACGAGGAUGCGGUGGCGGCGGGUGCAGCGAGGGAGAAGGCGGGCGAAGAGGGGACUCGGCGCAGCGGCGACGGUCGAAUGCUUCGAAGGGGAGUGCCAUUGGACAGGGCAGGAGCGGAGGUGGCCUGGGGGGGAGCGGGGUUGGACCACGGAGGAGUGGGGUAG